AUGAGAGAGAAACGAGGGCAGGGAGGGAAGAGAGGGAAACGAGGGAAGGGAGGGAAGAGAGGGAAACGAGGGAAGGGAGGGAAGAGAGGGAAACGAGGGGCGGGAGAGAAGAGAGGGAAACGAGGGGCGGGAGAGAAGAGAGGGAAACGAGGGAAGGGAGAUCGGGAUGCGGAAAGGGGGGAACGGGAUGGGGAAAGGGGGGAACGGGAUGGGGAAAGGGGGGAACGGGAUGGGGAAAGGGGAGAACGGGAUGGGGAAAGGGGGGAACGGGAUGGGGAAAGGGGGGAACGGGAUGGGGAAAGGGGGGAACGGGAUGGGGAAAGGGGGGAACGGGAUGGGGAAAGGGGGGAACGGGAUGGGGAAAGGGGAGAACGGGAUGGGGAAAGGGGGAACGGGAUGGGGAAAGGGGGGAACGGGAUGGGGAAAGGGGAGAACGGGAUGGGGAAAGGGGGAAACGGGAUGGGGAAAGGGGAGAACGGGAUGGGGAAAGGGGGGAACGGGAUGGGGAAAGGGGGGAACGGGAUGGGGAAAGGGGGGAACGGGAUGGGGAAAGGGGGGAACGGGAUGGGGAAAGGGGAGAACGGGAUGGGGAAAGGGGAGAAACGGGAUGGGGAAAGGGGUGAACGGGAUGGGGAAAGGGGAGAACGGGAUGGGGAAAGGGGAGAACGGGAUGGGGAAAGGGGAGAACGGGAUGGGGAAAGGGGGAACGGGAUGGGGAAAAGGGGAGAACGGGAUGGGGAAAGGGGAGAACGGGAUGGGGAAAGGGGGAACGGGAUGGGGGGGGAAAGGGAACGGGAUGGGGAAAGGGGAGAACGGGAUGGGGAAAGGGAGAACGGGAUGGGGAAAGGGGAGAACGGGAUGGGGAAAGGGGGGGACGGGAUGGGGAAAGGGGGGGGGAACGGGAGGGGAAACGGGAUGGGGGGGGGAACGGAUGGGGAAAGGGGGGGGGGGGGGGGAGGAACGGGAUGGGGAAAGGGGAGAACGGGAUGGGGAAAGGGGAGAACGGGAUGGGGAACGGGGGAACGGGAUGGGGAAAGGGGAGAACGGGAUGGGGAAGGGGAGAGACGGGAUGGGCCUGCAUGUUGUGGCGCGGUGAGCGUGAUCAAGGUGGCGUGA